ACUUGCACAGCAGCGCAGAGCUACGAACGCACUUACCGCAAAGGCUCCGGGAAACACUACUGCUUUUAAUAUAAAGACAUGGCUGAGGAUGAGGUGACUCCAGAGCAGCUAGCAGCAAUUGCUGCCGAAAAUGAGGAGCCGGAGCCGGUGAACUACAAACCGCCAGCCCAGAAGAGUGUGAAAGAGAUCCAGGAACUGGAUAAGGAUGAUGAGAGCCUACGCAAAUAUAAGGAAGCCCUGCUUGGUGCCGGGGUUGCUGAAGUUGAUCCCACCUCUCCCAACGUCCAGGUGACCCGGAUGUCUCUGAUGUGUGAAAGCGCCCCAGACCCUCUCAUCCUGGACCUGCAAGGAGACCUGGAAGCCUUUAAGAAGCAGGCCUUUGUGCUGAAGGAGGGAGUGGAAUACAAAAUAAAGAUCAGCUUUAAGGUGAACAGGGAGAUUGUUUCAGGCCUGAAGUAUGUGCAGCAGACAUACAGGAAAGGAAUGAAGAUUGACAAAUCGGAUUACAUGGUGGGCAGCUGGCCUCGUCCCGACGAAUACGACUUCCUGACCACGGUGGAGGAGGCCCCGAAGGGCGUGCUGGCCCGCGGCAACUACGUCAUCAAAUCCAAGUUUACCGACGACGACAAGCACGACCACCUGAGCUGGGAGUGGAACCUCAACAUCAAGAAAGACUGGAAAGACUAAAAAAAAAAACUAAAAAAAACAAGGGAAAAAAAGAGGCCUUUGUGUCGGGGGGGGCCGAGGGAAAUCCCUCAGCCUCCAUGUGUUCCUCAGCACCCCUCCCAUUUCCCCUUACUCAUCCCCCCUCAAACACACACACACGCCUGCUCCCGCGCCCCACGUUUCUGCCUUGUUUGUUUUUACUCUGUUGUGCAUUUCAUGCUCUCAUGCCUUACUUCACACCUUCGCUGUCUUAACACCCCAGCGUACAUCCUCGGCCACCCCUCUCUGUCCGCAUCAGUAGCAUCAGCGGUAGCAGCAGCCCCCCCCACCUCCACCCUACUCCCACAGCCUCCACUCGCCCGUCCGUCCAUCCAUCCAUCACCAUCCUCCUUAAAGUUUCAUCGGUUGCACACCUGCUCACCAACCUGCCAUCCUCACUCACUCACUCACUCACUCACCGAGCUGUGCCAUGUAGCACCUUACUCCCCCCCACCCCCCCCCCCCCCCGCCAUCCCCUCCUCCUCCCUCCCCCACUCAGCCUUCAUUCGUUUCUUUUGACCCAGUCGUUCGCUGCUUGAAGAGAUUAACCCCCCCCCCGCCCGCUCGCCUUCCACCUCUCCAGAAUGGUGUCUUCCUCUCAGUAUGAAGUACAUGUGGGAAAAAAAGCAACUGUACAAUCAACUUUUGUUUGCCUUUUUUUUUAUAUAAUUGUAUCAAUGGUUGUGUAUUGUGACUGUAUUCACAUCACUGUUAAUCAGCUGUUGUGUUCAUAGCAGGCCCCACCACAUCCACCUGCUCCUCCUCCACCCUCUCCCCUACCUCCUUCGCUCACAUCCAGCAUUCCUUUGCUUGCCUACUUGCUUGCUGUCUUUUGAUAUAAUUACCAAUACCUGCCUUGUAUUAAAAAAAAAAAAAGAAUUCAUUCAGAGCUGCUCUACAGCGCCUCCCUCCCUUUCCCUAAAUGUAUUCACCCACUCCCCCUUUCAAACGGGGGCUGGGGGCCAAAGUGAACAAGGGAGUAAAAAUAGUAUAAGGGUAAAAAAAAAAACAAAGGAAAAAAAAAAGCUGCCUUACGUAUCAACUUAACUUCAUAAUGUCUGUCCUGUCGCCCCCCCCCCCCCGGAGGAGGACAGGACAGGACAGGAGCUCUGCAGAAAUUUUAGCAUGCCUUGUGUGUCAUUGGCUGUCAGGUAGUCUGUAUAUGAAAGGGCUCACUCUCGCUAUCAACUAAUAACCAUCUGUAGCCCUGUUGUAGUGGAGACUGUUUAUACAGGUUACUCAGAUACAGCUGUGCACACGCCCACUGCACCACCACCGCACCUACUUCCCCCCC